CAGGUACAAGAGAGUGUUCUCCAUAGGGACCAAGGCAAUCACUACCUACACCAACACUCAUGAAGUCACCAAUCAGUGGUGUUACAAUGAGUUUGUGGGGAUUGCUCCUAGUCCCAAGGCCAGCAAUGAAUUCAUCAUCACCAUGAAGAAAGGAAGGAAGACUCAGCAGAUGACCUUCUCGACUGAGUUCAGACCUGAGGUCCUCACUCGCACUCUGAUGUUCAGUCCGUUGUUCUGUGAGCAACCUCGAAAUGAAACAGACAAGAGGUUUGAUGCAGCCAGUUCCACUGGGACGAGGCCAAAGUCAAGUCCUCCUAGUGGUUCGCAGGUACUGUGUGAGCCAGGUGGACAUCACUGGCCACACUCUCACUGACUACAAGUACAAAGACAUCGAGUACAUGGCAAAGGUUGCAGAUCAUCCGGGAGCCUUUGUUGUGGCUGCUGGCGGAUUUGGACGACUGCACAUGUUCCUGACAGAGCAGAGAGAUGAUGUCAUGAAAGCCAUAAUCCUUGCCUCUCGCAGCAACAUUGGAUACGAUAUAGCUGUUCACAGAGACCUCAUCACACAACAUGACUUCCUGGAGAGGAGACUCGGCAAGUACAGUGAUGAUGACUCCAUUACAUCACUUACAGAGUUCAAAGUUCAGAAACACACUCCUAGAUACCUGGAGCCGGCUCCGAGGAUCCUGGCCCUCUCAGAGAAUGUAUAAUAGAGAGAGACCCCUCCACUUACAUUGUCGUUACCAUACGACCACUCAGUGAGGUGUUUGCUCUGAUUCGCUACACCAAUGAUCCCCAGAGGUUCAGCAUUGAGUACGUCAAUGGCAUCGUCAGGAAAUACAGUGCUACUGAAAGAGAUGCCCUGCUGUGCAGUAUCCUGGAUGGAGUGAGGGCCAGUGGGAACAGAGACGUCUGUGUGAAGAUGACACGCACCAACCGAGGCCAGAGACUGGGACACUCCAUCUGCCUGUGGAGGAGGAGGUGGAGAGCCAGUACCUCAACAUACCUCGUCAACACUCCUCCAUCGGUGCAGUUCCAUGAGGCAGUGGAGAAGUUCAACUCCAACGUGGCUUACAGUGGCCUCAACCAUGCAGUGUCUUCUGAGGGUAUAUUUUCAGAGAACAAGGAGAAGCUCAUCAACGGAUCCCUCACCGCACUGCUGAUGAAGGAAGGAGACCAGAGUUCUCCAAAUGACAGACUAGAAGAACAGUUCCAUGCCCUCAGAGACUAGUGGCCUCCAAGGCCGGCUAUGAGGCCUUCACCUCCCUCAACCAAUUUCAGGGAGAUAGUUGGGAAGAAGGUGGUUCGAGCCCUCCGCAGAAGGACGACGGGAUCAGCCAUGCCUCUGUGGACUUCUUGUGCGCCCUCAUGCAGCCAUGCACGACAACUACGACUGAGACGGAGCAGAUGAACAAGUCCUCUCUCCUCUCCAGCAAACCGUUCCUGGAGAUGGUGCUGGAACCUCUCAAGACACCGUGGUGAGUAACCAUAUUCACUGCACUCUAGUAGAAAUGAUGAUUCUCCCAUUUUAAAGGCUUACUACUUUGUUGCAUGCUACACCGAAAAACUGUCCUUGAAAGUAAGAC